AUGCCUGCUCUUUCGCCAGAUGGUCGAUCAGGCGACACGUUGCCAGCUUUCAACAGCGAGGUCAACAGCCCUGAGGUACAGUCGUCCUCUUCCCAUAACUCUGAAGCCGAUUGCGCCAUCAACGAGCUCUCUGGAGAGUGUGUCUCACAUGAAGAUGAUGACCAGGAACCAUCACCCAAGAAGAGUCUCAUCAAGACCCGGGUUCCAGCCACUAGUAACACUAAGGAGACAGGCAAGAACGGCAAGAAGCGUGGCAGAGAUGACAAUGCUAUUCCUAAGAAGCCAGUAAAGAAGGCACGCACUAGUCCUGGCCCACGUGAUGGUAGUACUGAGUCCUCGAAGAAGUCAAGUGCUAAGAGAACAGCUGCUUCUACGCGGCCUAAGCAUCAAAACGGGAAUGUAGUUGGAAGCAGGAGCAACUUGGACAGAUUGCUAGUGGAACAAGGUCGCGGCGUUCAGAAGCGUCUUACGCUCGAAGUUGGGGUUUCACGCGUGCAAACGCUGACGGGAGGCUUCCCGACUGCCGCUGAGGACUUGCCAGACCGACCCGAUGAAGCGGGUGGUGAGCAUGACUUCGCUUGCGAAGACUAGAUGAAUGCGUUGGGUCUGUAAUUGACAUGUUCCAUGAACUCUGCAAUUAUGCGCUCCGUUGUUCAUGACGAUCGCGCCAGAGGCGACCAUCGUGUUUGACGAUCGCAAAGACGCAUUGGCAUGAGGCUUAACUAAUAUGGUGCUGCUCGGUUGGGGUGUUGUGAUUCCCACUGAGAUCAUUAUUUCGGAUCAAUGUUGAUCGGGUGAGUGGUUGUCGAGGAUGGACUCCGGAAAACACACCAGAGGGUUUGCUGGUCGAAGGGAAUAGAGCAGCUGAUUAAUACGACGA